GGUCAGUCAGGUGCCUCAGGAUGCGCGGUUGGUGCUUCAGCCUGUGGUGGAGCCGACGACGGCUGAGAGAGACGCGGCUCUGGCGGGGAGGCCGGGUGUCGCCGCCGCCGCCGCCUCGUCACCGCGGGCUGAAGAGGCGCUUCUUCUCCGCUCCGGGCCCAGGCGCCCCCUCAGGGUCGUACCUGCCGCCGGCAGCCGCAUGAGCUCUCGGCAGCUCCUCCCGCGGGCAGCGCCUCCCCCCUUAUGGAGGAGCCGCUCCCUCGUCGCCCUCCUCCUCCUCCUCCUCUCCCCGCAUGGAGCCUUUCGCAGCCCGCAGCCCGCGCCGCCCCGCUCACCCGCCGCUGCCGGCGGACGGCGCGGACGGCGAAGAGGAUGAGGGCGCGGCGGCGGCGGCCACGGCCAGCUGGAGGACGGCGGCGUCGGGAGCGGCCUCGUGCGAUGGCGGCGGCGGCGGCCUGCUGUGGACGGCCGUGUUCGAGUACGAGGCGUGCGGCGAGGACGAGCUGAGCCUCCGCCCGGGCGACGUGGUGCAGGUGCUCUCGCAGGACUCGCAGGUGUCCGGAGACGAAGGCUGGUGGACCGGCCAGCUCGACCAGCGCGUCGGCAUCUUCCCCAGCAACUACGUGACCAGCAGCUGCAGCAGCAGCAGCCGCCUCUGCCUCCGCCAGGGGGGCGCCGCCGAGCUCCAGUCCCGCUACUCGCAGACGCCCGCCAUACAGUGUAGGAGAGGGAAGGCGGGAGGAGAAGAGGAGGGCAUGGCGGGGGUGGGGAGGGGGAGAAGCCAACAGUGCUUAUCCCUUAAUUCCUUUAGGCCCCUGUUUCCUGGGAGAGGCUGGACUCCCAGCUCCAGGGGCUCCCUGCUGCAGACGACCCUUCAGCGUUAGAGGACGAGGUGGCUUGAGUUUUCGACCUGUGCCAUCUGUAUAAGCUGCAUGUUGGCUAAUCAAAUGUGAUUUUUAGCUCAUUUUGAUCGAUUGUGGGAUCUUUACCUAGAGGUGGCAGUUUUCCCUGUACCUACUUUUUUACCUCUCCCUGUUUAACGAAACUGCAAGGAUGCGAACUUGCCCAUAUACCUUGCUGCUUCGAGAGGUAGGGAGGGAAGGGGCGUGGCACUGGGCGCUGGGUUAUAUUUAUCCUGCCGCUGCUUUUUCUGUCUCAGCUUUGCUCUCAACACCAGUGAAGAGCUCUUCUGUUCCGCCCCUUCUCAUCUGGGUUUCCUAAUAAGCUAAUUAAACGCCAGGCUGCUUCAGGUCAGAUGAAUGUUAUUCAGUCUGAUGGUAUUUUCACUGUAACUACCUGGUGAUAGACCCAGGACAGCUUUCAGUACUGUCAUCUGUUACUGAAUGAGUGUAUACGUGUGCUUACCUUAUAGUUCAUGAAAACAAAAGUUGUCCUUCCUCUCAGUAGAGAUGAAAACUAUAGAAUAUAGCUGCAUUUUCCAUCUGUCCAGCUGACUAUUCUUCUUCAUUGUCAGACAUCUUGUUAUGUCCAGGGUGUGUUUCUCCAUUUUCAAAUCCAUCCCAGUGUGAUUCAUUCUCCACAUUCUACUCUUACUUUUGCUAACUGCAUAUUUUUAAAGUAACUUGUUCUGAAGGAGUUAAGAAAUGCAUAGCCUAAAGUUCAGUGCUAGGUGAAGGCAGAGAAAACACAUUUUGAGAGUUUAUGAGGAAGAUACAUUACUUCUUACAAUAAAGCUGCAAAGAGACUGCAACUUCCUGUAUCUUUGGGUAUGUCCUGUCUUGUAGGCCUUCCUUUUUUCUCACCCCUACACAUGGAUAUACUUCUAAAUCUAACCCAUUGCUCACAGUUCUUCUGUAUCAGCUGCCUUCGAGUGGGCUUGUUCUGAGGAUGUCUUCCUUCUGUCAAUGUUGGUGUUGCACUGCUCUCCUUGAAUGCAAGCAGAUGCAAAGGAACUGAAGCACAAACUUAUGCAGGAUUGUGACUUUUAUUCUAUUGUAUGAAAUUAUAUUUGAAAUAUUAAUAUUUCAUUAUAAAUAUAUUGUGAGCAAGGGAUUGUAAAACUUUGUAUCUUCCUUUUGGGGUUUAAUCUAUAAAUUAUUCAUGGCCAGGGAUUGGUGUUUCUUUCUAGGAGGUAGGAAAGGAAUAGGACAAAUUAUCAGGAAACCAGGCAAUUAGCAGCAGCAUAGUUCCUGUAACUGCUAUCACAAACUGCAUAUGAGACUUUUUCUGUCUUAGAAGGCCAGUAGAUGUUAGAGAGGGAAAACAUAUAAAACAGCCUUACCUAAUGGUUCAGAGGCCCAUCUCUCUUGACUUGUACAUGCAAUCUGCUCAGUGCUCACCUGUUAAAAGUUGACCUGGUUAUAUACCUUGGUCUUUACUUUAGAGACAAGGACUUGGAUUGGUUUGCCAUUUGAGUACUUGUUUGCAAGUAACUGUGAAAGGCAAGUUAUAAGGGCAUAGUGUCUCUUAAACAUUACAUUCUUACUGACUUAAUAUGUAUUUAAACUUUUUUUUUUAUACAUGCUAUUUUGCAAAGUAACUGAGAUGGUGUGUGCUAGGCUUUUUGUACCUACAUUCCCCCCGCAAAAAAGCAGCAUGUUUUAUUUUCAGACUCUAUUUGCAUUUGAGGCAGGGUAAAUCAUGCAUUAGUAGUUAGAGGGCACUUCAGAACACAAAAACAGCAAGGUUACAUUAGAACGUUAAGAAUACUGGCUGCCGUGUUAACAACCAUUUGUAGCAUUAAAGGAGCUGUCCCUUCAGCACUGUUUGGUUUAGAUCCUCAGUUUCCCUCUAAGAAUGCUCAAGAGAUGUUUAGUGUGCAUCUUACAGCAGACAUUCCACUCCCAGGGCCCAAAUUAUGGAGGCCCGCCAGUCCCAAAAUAGGGGUACAGGGGCGGAGCCAAUAAGAAAGUGGAGGUGGAGAUUGUCAGCUGAUCAUGUCAAUCACUGAUACCAUUUUCUAUUAAUGCCUCAUUUCUCUUUGGAAAUUGCUAAAUUCUUUACUACAGCAGUUUCCUUGCUAUAGGGAGUUCCAUAGUUCAGCUUUCCUCAAGCUAAGCACAGGCUUUGGCUCUGGAGGUAUCAUGACUCACUCUUCCCCUUUUAGCCAGAAGUUGCUGAUCCAGAAGUUUCAAGUAGUGAAUAAUUCAUCUAUUCCCCCGCCCUCUGUAUAUCUCUAAAAACAUUUUAUUUCUUCCAUAUUUUCCUUUCAAACUUGUAUCCUGUACCCACUUCCAAAUUGCCAAUUUCUUUCAGCCUUCCUCCUCUUUUCAAUACUUUCUCCUAUGACAUCUUUCCUCUCAUUCCCUUCCUCUCUAUUUCACAGAUUACUACACUACUACUUUUAUAGCUGAUGCUGCUAGCAUCUGCACGGCCAAAUGGCUCAAACUCCCAAGACAGUAGAAAAGACUACUGCAUGAUGGGGGUAGGUCGUACUGCUGAGGGCCAGUAGUGGUCCUUGGCCUACAGUUUGAGAAAUUCUCCCAUGGUAUGUCACAUCAAAGUAUUACUCAAAGUAAUAGAGCUUCUCACUACUCCUGAAAUAGCUCACCAAAGGACUUAAUGUAAUUUCAAGCACUUUUAAGUAGGGAAUUCAGAACUGUAUUUCCUGCUGUCUGUCAGGCAUUAUGACACACUUCGACUUCCUUUUCCCUAAGUGAAGAAAGUAUGCGAGUUGGCAAUAAUGUUUCCUGGUACUGGCAUGCAGAUUUCCUGUUUUUCUCUCAACAUAAAUUUCCUGAGUGGCUUUGUAUUUUAAGUUUCAGAACUCAUUUAGUGAGUCUUUAGUAGUGAUGACUCCUAGUCAGAUGGGCUACAAUAGGUUUCAUGUAAUUGACCAACCAUCAAAAGAGAUGCGUGCUAGUCCUGUGUAGUCUGAGUGCUAUAGCCUUAAGGCCUGUGUUCUGUCCUCCACAUCUUACAGGGUGGAGGUAGAUGUAGACUUCAGCAUGUGGAUAGAUUCAUGCAAGGGGAGUUGAUCCUUCAAGCAUAAAGGCCCCAAACUAUUAAAACAUUAGAGGUAGUCUGAAUUGUGGCCAGAAACAAAUUGGGAAUUAAUGCAGUUGAUACAACACUGGUGUAAUAGUACCAGGCUCCAAGGGCAGCACUUCAUAAAAUUCAUUGCAGUAGUCUAACCUGAAAAUAACCAGCCUUGAAACUCAGGUGGGAGGCGAGUUAAAAUAUAAACAAAUUGCUCAUAAUACUGCUGCCUUUUCUGGGGAGGUCUUACCAUACUGGUCAUAGUUUUAUUGCAGUAUAUGUACUAUAUCAUGUUGCAACCUUAAAGUGCCAUUAAAUAUGAGUACUGAUUCCAAUAGGUUACGUGUGGCACUUGCCCAGUUAAUGAAAAUGUAAAAUGUUCUGUUUAUUUGGCACACUUGAAUUAGGCUGCUGGCAGCUAAACAUUUUUAUAGCCGAUGCUUCUCAUAUGAAAAGAGUAGUACAAGGUAAACUAAAGUAGUAAAGAAUAGUAAAGGGAGAUGUCUGCCUUUACAAAAAACGUCAUUGCUAUAACAAUUGUUUAUAUUGAUGGAAAUAACUACAUGUUAAGCACAAGCAAAGAAAAGUUGAAAUACAUUUUGUUUUCUUUUAUAUAUUUGUAGCUACCUGUGAAACGUGUGUAUCUUUUUAGCAAUGAAACAUUGUAUUUUUGCUGAAUAUAUCCAACUUUAUAAUUCAAGCCACCAAUAAAACUUUAUUAUAAAAUGACCUAAAAUAGGUAUAUAGAAUUGUUGCUUACAGCAAAAUUGCGUAGGGCAUUUUAAUGAUACUACCUUGGCACAAUUUUUCCAGACAAGUUCUGAUAGCCAUAAGAGCUUAAGAAUUUGUUGACACACGCCUAAACUGUUACAUUUAAAUGGCAGAAUAAUAUUAUUUAAGGCAAGGAAUAAUGCUGAAGCUAUCUACUGACAAUAUUUAAUCUUGUAAAAUAACUUAUAUUUCUUUGUUUCUCCAUUUAUAGUACGGGAGAUUGACUUCUCUGAGCUGGUUCUGGAGGAAAUCAUUGGAAUUGGAGGCUUUGGGAAGGUCUAUCGUGCAAUUUGGCUUGGAGAAGAAGUUGCCGUCAAGGCAGCUCGGUAUGAUCCAGAUGAAGACAUCAGUGAGGCUAUUGAGAAUGUGCAUCAAGAAGCCAAGCUCUUUGCCAUGCUAAAACACCCCAACAUAAUUGCACUUAAAGGCGUAUGUCUAAAGGAACCUAACCUUUGCUUAAUCAUGGAGUUUGCCCGUGGAGGGUCACUGAAUAGGGUGCUGUCUGGUAAAAGAAUCCCACCAGACAUACUAGUGAAUUGGGCUGUCCAGAUUGCUGGAGGAAUGAACUAUCUGCAUGAUGAAGCAAUUGUUCCUAUUAUACACCGGGAUCUGAAGUCCAGCAACAGUAAGUGGGGAGUAUAGCGGGUGUGAUGUUGGGACUUACAGAGAAGUGGACAGCAUAGAUAAAAUGUUAGCAACUUGAAAUAUAUUCCAGCCACAUAAACUUGAGGACAAAAUUGAUGAGUAGGCUAGAAUGAAAGGCAGGGGCAUGAAAGUUUCCCAUGAGACUUACUCUUAAGAGAGCCAGUGGUGUAGUGGCUAGACAGAUGGAUUGGGGAGGCCCAGAUUCAAAUCCCCAUUCAACCCUUAAUCCUACUGUAUGGUAUUGGACCAGUCAUUGUGUCGUGGCCUGAACUGCCUCACAGAGGAGUUAAAUUAAAGCACAGAGAACUAUGUAUGCCAGACUAUGCAAGCUAAUUGGAGCAAUGGUGGGAUAUAAUAAACAAAUAAGGAACUGCUAAUGAACAAAAAGAGAAUGGCAAGAAAACAGUGUGGGGUAGUGGUUAGGAGCGGUGGACUCGUAAUCUGGUGAACCCGGUUCGCUUCCCUGCUCCUCCACAUGCAGCUGCUGGGUGACCUUGGGCCAGUCACACUUCUUUGAAGUCUCUCAGCCCCACUCACCUCACAGAGUGUUUGUUGUGGGGGAGGAAGGGAAAGGAGAAUGUUAGCCGCUUUGAGACUCCUUCGGGAUAAAGCGGGAUAUCAAAUCCAAGCUCCUCCUCUUCUUCUUCUUCUUUAGAGGAAGGAUGGGGAACCUUUCUGAUUAGGAGGGUUGUCUCCCCAGAGGAGAACUCUUGGGAGUUAUAACGGAUGGGGUUGGAGUCAGCAAUUGGCGAGGUCAUAGGUAAAGUGGGUUUGGCCAGAACUGGUGAUGAGCCAUGUAUUUUUUGUCUUUCUCUUCUUCCCUUUCUCCUCUUAUCUAGCAGCUGAAAAUCCUCAUUCACUGUAACUAGGCUUAGAUAAAAUACUUUGCCACUCAUGUGAAGGUUAACUUAAGCCCAACUGCUGAUUGGGGCUAGGGAAGGGAGCUGAGAUGGGGAGGCUAUAGGAUAAUUCCUAAGGUAUUUCAUGACACAGUGCAUGCCAGUGUGGUGUAGUGGUUAUGAGCGGUAGUCUCAUAAUCUGGGGAACGGGGUUAACAUCUCCGCUCCUCCACAUUCAGCUGCUGGGUGACCUUGGGUCAGUCACACUUCCCUGAAGUCUGCCAGCCCCACUCACCUCACAGAGUGUUUGUUGUGGGGGAGGAAGGGAAAGGAGAAUGUUAGCCGCUUUGAGACUCCUUUGGGUAGUGAUAAAGCGGGAUAUCAAAUCCAAACUCCUCCUCCUCUUCUUCUUCUUCUUCUUCUGAUAACACCAAGGUUGCGGGUACGAUUCCCAUAUGGGACACCUGCAUAUUUCUACAUUGCAGAGGGUCGGUUUAGAUGUUCUGCAGGGUCCCAUCCAACUCUACAGUUCUAUGAUUCUAAGACGCUUCUGGCUUAAUGGUUCCUUUUCCCUGGUUUAGAGAACACCCUUCUCCUAGAAGUUUAUUUUUUGUAUUGAAGAUUUUACCAACACAAUUGUGAAUUCCUUUCUCGCUCUUUCUUUUAAGGCACUGUUGCCAGUUGUCAUCUCUGGUAUGUUAAGAGAAACUUGUGACACUUAGAACAGAGUUGUGAAGGUGAUGGAAGGUUAAUUGCCCUUGCUUGUUUGGAUGUCAAAAAUGGUAGUGGCAAGAACAUUGUGAUGUAGAUUGAUUUCCCCCUCUUCUGUCUUUUCUCCUUCUGCCCCGUUUCUAUGAGCAUGAAGCAUAUCAGCAGUCUGGGAGUCCAGACUUCAAGACUUCUAUUACCUAUGAAGUCUUUGAACCUUGAAGACAGUUCUGUAAUUUACCACUUUUCUCGUCACUUGGAUCAAGAAAGAAUGACUUCCCUUACUUUGACAACACAGUCAUAUAUGCAGUUUUCUGUAACACUGGGCUGCCGUAUGAAAGCUGCAAGAACAGUGGUACCUCGGGUUACAGAUGCUUCAGGUUACAGACUCCGCUAACCCAGAAAUAGUACCUCGGGUUAAGAACUUUGCUUCAGGAUGACAAACAGAAAUCGUGCGGUGGCAGCAGCGGGAGGCCCCAUUAGCUAAAGUGGUACCUCACAUUAAGAACAGUUUCAGGUUAAGAAUGGACCUCCGGAACAAAUUAAGUUCUUAACCAGAGGUACCACUAUACUGGUCUACUUCUGCUGCCAGUCUAGCCCAUAGGAUAUUUCCAGAAGGUGGAGUGAGACUGGCAACAGUAGAAUGGUUGGGCAGCAACUCUGGGUAGUUACUUAAGCCUUUUCUCUCAUAUCUGAAUAAAUCUGAUUUGUAAAAAGCAUCUGAGCAAAUUACUCUUAAAAUAAAUGAUGUAGAAAGGAGAUUAAUGUUAUCUAUAUUAUGGACCUGAAUUAUGUAUAGACUAAAAGUAUAACAUUUGAAGCAGUUCCACAUGUUUUGUUAAGUAACGGUUUUACAGGAGAGUUACUCUGAUUAAAUUCUCUAUCUUAGAACUUCAUGCAUACUCUAUCUGGGUAAUUUUCAAUAUGGGUCAGUAUAGCAGCAUUAAUAAGUAACUGUUCCUUCCACAUUAGAAAGAUGGAAUCAAGCAUGUGGAUGAGAGGGAAUGUGUAACAUUGAGAGUAUGACACAAAUUGGGAUAGCCUUGUGAGACUCUUGGUGAGCAGGUAUCCUAGAUGUGGAGGAGAAAGCAAACAAACUUAAUUUUUUCCUCCUCUUUGGUAUAGUAUAUCUAGGAUGAUAAAAUUGAUUUUGUUAGAACCCUCCUGUCAUUUGUGUGUGCAACACCAGCUUCUCACUUAAAUUUGUGAGGAGUUCUAUUAAACUGGUUAGAAGUGAAGUUUGUUAACUGUGGAGAAAAUAGACACUGUUGGCAGCUGAUGUGUAACUAAUUAAAAAUAAACCUCUUAGCAAAGCUCCUCUCUGUCAGUUUCCAAUACAAUUAGCAGGAUGCUAGCUGUCAAUGUGUGUUAAAUCUCUUUGACCUUGGAAAUAAUUUUGUCUUAGAACCAUUUAGGUAUUUGUUGUUCCUUGUAUUAAGGAGAUAUCUACAUGAACUAGUUAGUUCAGUGCUCAGAUAAGUGCUUUAUAAGAUGUGUUCACAUUUUCACAACUUUGGAUAAGAGAUGUGACCAAAGAACCUUUUUUUUGUAAAACUAGUUAGUUAAAUAUCUGUGAAAUUCAAUAUCAAACUACAAAACAUGACCAAAUAGGUUUUCUAGCAAAGUAUAGUAGGGCUACAACAGUUGUGCUCAGUCGCAUUAUUUUUGCCAUAUUACAUGAAGUGAAUGUGACAAAUUCCACUACAAGCAAGAAGCUGUGACAUGUCCUUAUCCAUAGUGUGUAACAAAGUGGCCACAAUUUUUUGUUUAAAUCCAGUUUCUGUCCCUCAUAGUUGCAAAGCAGACAUCAUACAUUUUUUCAAAGUUCUCUGUCUUCGUUUUAUUUUUCCACAGUACAUGAAUCUGGAUGUAGGAGUAAAAGUAUCUUAAGGGCAACACUUUAGGAAAAAUAAUAUCAUUAGCUUUUUCUGGCAACUGAUGUGAAUCUUGGAGUACCAGGUAAUCUGGUUGGGAAGAAGUGUACAGGAAAAAGUUUAGGCACUUGUUUUUUUUUAAAUGAUAUUUAUUCCAAGUUUAAAAUUACAAAAAGAGGAAAAAACAGUACAAAAUACAAAGAAAAAUUUAACCAUAACAGAGCAAAAAGUAAAAAGAAAAAAGAGAACAAUAAAAUAGAAUAAAAAAAGCAAAACAAAAGAUAUAAAAAUGCAUUGAAUUAAAAUAGAACAAAAACAGAUUAAACCUUUACAUAACUUUUUCCCUUUACUUAUUUCCUUGACCUCCUCUCACCUCCCAAUUUUGUAUUCUAGUUCAGAUCGUUUUUUCAGCAAAUCCUUCCAACCUUGUUUUCAUUUACGUAUUUUAAUUUAAAAUAUUAUAAUUAAACAUCCUCUGUUUCAUCAAUUUCAUCAGCUCAUUUUUGCUUAAUCCUUUAUAUCAUAUCUACCAAAACUGCCUAAUUUUCUUUUUCCAACAUCUGAAAAAGUUUAGGCACUUGUUUGCUACUUCUCACCUGCAAAUAACUCUGUUUUGCUUUGCAAUAACAAAUUAGCUGCUGGGAUUUUCAUCCCAAAUUUGUUUCUGAAGAUGGGGUUCAGGCUCUUAAACAGCCACUUGUGUGGUCACCUGCAGUAGGUAAGGAUUGUCAUUAAGUUACAAAGGGGUUACACUAGGUAGGUAAGUGAGCAAGAGUUACUUCUGUGAACUCACUUGCAAAACUGGCAUAUUCCUGUUCUUAGUUCAUAAUUGGUUAAAUGUGGGCUUUACUAAUUUAGAACAAGUAUGUCUCCAGUACUGUACAGUAGACCCACAACUUAUGCAGGGGUUACGUUCUGGGGCUAGCACAUAAAGUUAAAAUUGCAUAUAGUCAAACACAUUGGGUGCAGUGGUGGGUGGGAUUGCCAAAGUCUUUUUUUCCUGGACGUCCAUACCUUAAAAAAAUAUAUUAUUUUUUCCUAGGCGUGUAAAGCUGAAUGCGCACAGGUUAAAAGAAUGUAAGUUGUAGGUCUACUGUGUAAAGUGGCUGCCAAACUGGAAUUUAGCCUAUAUAUUAAGCAUUAUUUUCCUCUUUGAAGUGUCUGAUUAAUCUCCAUAGGAGUAAUCAGAAAUUGUUCUACCAAAGUAAUUCCAUCUGUUUAAGAACAGGUGAAUAGGAGCUCUAAUUUCUUUGCAUACUGCUUUGGGAAGACUCCUCAGCCUCUAAUGCUUUCAUAUUGUUGCACAAAAUCUUAAUGUUUGAAUUGCCAUUUCUGAAAUAGGAUAGUUGAGGACCUUCUAUACAUGAUAAUUAGAGUGCAUGUCUUUUUCUUUUUUUUUUAUAAGAUAUUUAUUAAAAUUUUCAAGAUAUUACAAAACACAAAAAGAAAAAGAGAAGAUACAAAGUAAAAAUAGUUAAAAACAAUUCAUUCCUUCCGUUACUUGACCUUCAUUUGCUUAGUUCCAGGACCUCCUCACACCUCCUUUUUUUGUAUUCCAGUUUUAUGAUUAAUGAUUAGGAUACAUAAAGAGGGGAGGGAUUUGCUGAACGAAUAAUCGAACUGGAGUGCAUGUCUUUUAAUAUGUUGACAACUUUGUGUUUCAUGGUAGCAUAUUGGCAGGCUGGUAGAGUAAGAAUGUUGAUGUAAAAUUUUUAGGGCUACAGACUUAAGUAUUGCAAUAGAACAAUUGUGAACUUCCUUAGUUGUAAAAUGAAAUGCAUACCUGAUAAGCACAGGUAGAAUUUGACAAAUUGGUAGCACCUGCCCUAAAACAGCUUAAGUAUACAGUGGUGCCUCGCAAGACGAAAUUAAUCCGUUCCGCGAGUAUCUUCGUCUACAGUAUCUUGCCCACAGAAGCAACCCUAUUAGCGGAUUAGCGCUAUUAGCGGUUUAGCGGCUAUUAAAGGCUUAGCGGCUUAGCUGCUAAAAGGCUAUUAAAGGCUUAGCGGCUUAGAAAAAGGGGGGGGAGCGGAAAAAAAUCUCAAGACUCAUUUUCGUCUUGCGAAGCAAGCCCAUAGGGAAAUUUGUCCUGCGAAGCGCAUUGAAAAACGGAAAACCCUUUCGUCUAGCGGGUUUUCUGUCUUGCGAGGCAUUCGUCUUGCGGGGCACCACUGUAACAGUGCUCAGUUCCUGUUAUAGUUUUAGUUCCUCAUAUUCAAGAAAUAAUAAUAAUAAUAAUAAUAAUAAUAAUAAAUUUAUUUAUACCCCGCCCUCCCCAGCCAGGGCUCGGCUCAGAGCUGCCAACACCAAAUAUGAAUUACAAUAAAACGUAAUAGAAAACAACAAACAAACAAACAAACAAACAGUUAAUUAAAAUACUGCUUAAAAUACAGCUUAAAACACAGCUUAUAAUGCAGACAUGUACAAAGUCUGUUUGGCACCCUGCUUUACCAGUGAACUGGGGGCUAUGAACCAGCCCAAAACUCAGCGAGGAUGCAACCAAACAGAGUUUUCAUUUUUAACCUACUUUGUGGCAAUGAUAGAGUUGAAAAAUAGUUUUUCUCCACUACGUGCGUAUUCUCAGAGCAUUAUCCAUUGAAACUUUUCUCUGUGGUUUAACAGUCUCACAGAUGGAUUGUCAAGGUGAAAGAACCCUCAGAGGUAUGCUGUGACAUGUUUGCUAAAGAUUUUGAGGAUAAAAUUACUCAUAUCCAUUUUCUACUUGGUGACAGAUAGUUCUGUAGCAAAGUUUAGGAAGGUGUCUGGAGCCCUACCUUGUAUUAUAUUGAAUGAAUUUGGGGCCUAAUUACCCAAGUUAAAAUGAUGCUAAUUGUGUGAAUUCAUUAAACAUAUGCAGCAUAAAAAAUGUAAAUAAUAGCCAUUGUGGGUAGCAUAAGCAGCAUCAGGAAGUGGGGAGUAAGAGCUUAAUCAUUGUAGAGGCAGCUUGAUGUAGUGAUCAGAAUGUCAUAGUAGACUAGGGAGAUCCUGAUUCAGUUUUCUACUCAGCCAUGGAGAUUACUGAAUGGUAAAUUAGGCUGAGAGAUAUGGACUAAUUUCACGGGGUUUUAGGAUGAAAUUUGGGUGAGGUUGGAUGUAUGCUUUCUUGAGCUCUUUGAAGGAAAGGUGGGAUAUAAAACAAUGAAAUGAAUCCUUUCCCCUACCUGUCCUAGUCCCAGCAUUGUUUCUACCAGUAGUGAUUUCGCCAUUUUGAAAAUAUAUAUAUUUUUCUAUUUAAAGAAAGUGAUUUUUAUUGGUUCCACCCAGGAGGAAGGAUUAAGCUAUCCAGAGUCCUGAUGCUUAUCUUGAAGCCCUACAUGGUUACAAGCAUACCUAAAGAAAUGCUUGCUUUCCAUAUAUUGCCAUUCUGCUGAAAUAAUAAUCUGGCAUCCUUCUCCAAGUGCCUCAGCCAUCAAAACGGAGACAGAGGUGGCUUUCUACUCCAUAAUAUUUUAGUUGGUCCUCCUAUGAUGAUAUUUUCUAACUGGCUCUGCUAGUUUUUCUAAUAGCUUCAUACCAUUUUUACAGGAGUAAAUAUGCUUCAUUGAAACUGCAUUGAACUUGCUGCUACUCAGUAUCCUCUGUCUGUCUUACUGCAUGCAUUCUGCUGACAUCACUGCAUGCAAUUUACUAUCUAUCGCAAUUCAUUUUGGUGUUGUGUUUCAGCAAUAGGAGAGGCAGAUGAAAAAUGGAUAACUAUCAAGCAGCACAGGCAGCUAAAGUGCAGUGAAAUGCAAGUUGCCAAAGGCGUUCUUUUGCAGGAUCACUGUGAUCCCUCUUGGGUAAGAUGCCUUUUAGAUGGGAAGUUUGUAGAUGGAGCUUUGGCUUUGAAUCUGCUUUUGUUUAGCUGCAUCUAUCCAAAAUAUCUGCAGUCACAUAUCUGUCUCAGCGUGCAGUUACAUUGGCAUUUUGUUGGUGUAAAUGGAAGCAUUUCAGGUUAAAGAGAGCAGAAUAUCGCUUUAUCUCAGCUUUUCACUCAAGUUAAUUUUGAACAGGAUCUUAUGGAAAGGACUUUCAUUAAUGGGUAUUCAUUAUUCCAUAAGGUCCCAUCAUGUCCUCAUUCCUCAAUUUAAGAAGAAUAUGACAAGCUGGAAUGUGUGCAGAAGGUAACCAAGUUAUAAGUGUGUGGAAACCAAGGCUUAUGAGGAACUGUUGAGGGAAUUAGGUAUGUUUAGCCUGAUAAAGAGGAGAUUGAGAGGAGAUAUAAUGGCCAUCUUCCAUGUAUGAUCUAGUUGAGAUUCCUGAAUUGCAGGGGGUUAGACUAGAUAACUCUCGGCAUCCCUUCCAACUCUACAAUUCUAAGUGUGGUCCUAGUGGAUUAGAUCAGUUGUCUUCAACCAUUUUAGGUUCUAAACCAAGGGUCACCAAUCCAGUGCCUGUGGGCACCAUGGUGCCCAUGAAGGCUUCUGUUGGCACUCUGGGCAGGUGUUCCAGUCUCUCAGCUUUUCUUUUUGUGUGGCGUGUGUUUGUUUGUUUUGUGUAUGUUUGCGUAUGUUUGCAUAUGAAAGUGAGAGAGCGCGUAAGCUUAUGCUUUCCAUGGGAAGUCAGCUAUUGGGGUUGUUGUCUCUCUAAUUCGUGUUAUGCCAUGCUGCCAUGGGAGCCAUUUUGUGCAUGGCAUCCCCAGCAUUCUCUAAUUCAAGUGCAGUACUUUAACCAAAAUAAUGCCCAGGGGCCAGAAACUGAAAGCACCCAAAGUGGCCAUAAUUGGACUCUGGAGACUGAGCAAUCUUAAAAGCAUGGGUUGGGGAUAACAGAACUGCACCACAGGUAAAUAUUUAGUAGGGAUUUCAUUUGUUUCUUUUGUAACCUUGAAGUCCUCUUGGACUACUGUAGCAUAACGUUUCCCAACCUAGCAUCUUCCAGAUGCUUUGGAUUGCACCUCCAAUCAUUCCUUACCACUGGCUAUACUGGCACUCAGGUUGAUGGGAGUUGGAGCCUUUGGAAAAUUCCAGCUUGGCUGCUGUAGAGUGUUGUCCCCAAGGCGCCAUUUACUGGCUUCUACUGGUACAUUGAAUAAACAAACAAACAAACAAACAAACUCUGCCCAUCUGUCUGGGUUUCCCCAGCCACUCUGGGUGGCUCCCAACAGAAUAAUAAAAACACGAUAAAACAUCAAAUGUUAAAAACUUCCAUAAACAGGGCUGCCUUCAGAUGCCUUCUAAAAGUCAGAUAGUUGUUUAUUUCCUUGACAUCUGAUGGGAGGGCAUUCCACAAGGUGGGUGCCAAUGCCGAGAAGGCCUGGUUCCCUGUAACCUCACUUCUCGCAGUUUCAAAACCCUAAAAUGUAUUUUAUAUAAUUGACUUUUUAUUUCUAUUCUUUGUAUAUUGUAUUGUUGUUUUACUGCUAUGGCCGAUGGCUGACGCAAAUAAAGAUUCAUUCAUUCAUUCAUUCACUUCUUGCAGUGAGGGAACUGCCAGAAGGCCCUCGGAACUGGAUCUCAGUGUCCGGGCUGAACAAUGGGGGUGGAGACACUCCUUCAGGUACACUGGGCCGAGGUAUACAUAGCUUGGCAUCCUGCCAGAGAGUGGUUUGUCAGGAGCAGAUUACAUCAGUGCUGCAGUGUCUGCUUCAAAUUCCUGUAGCUUUCCUGGGUACAACUCAAGACACACUCUUCAAAUCUAUGCAGCUCUAAAUGACUUGGGCCUUGUAUACCCAAAGAGCUUCUUUUCCCUCAAGUUCUGUUGCUGUUACUAAGACUGACAGCCUGAGAAUGUCUCCUUGAGUUGGUGGAUGAGAUUUGUAGGAAAAUAGAUUUAGGGCUCUCUCAAUCUCAGGCUAUGUAUCUUAAAAGCAAAGCAUAAUGUUUUCAAUCCCACCCCCCAAUUUAAAUCAGUUUUUAUUUUAUUUUUAAAAUUAACUAUUUUAAAGUGAAAACUUUGUUUCUAUCCCCUCCAUCUUACCUCUGUAGAAAGGUAUUUAAAAAGUGUACUUAAUAGAUGACUGUUUGACAAAUCUAAUUAAAAACAUGUAUGAAUUUUUUCAGACUUUAUAAAUAAGAUAUCCAACGAUUUGCAGGAGCUACCAUAAAAAUGUCUCUCUUCAACCAGACAUUUGACUGAUUAAAAGUCUUUGGCAUUUUAAAUGUGUUUGGGGCUGUUUUAGUUUUAUUGUGUAUUUUGUAUUCUUAUUUUGUAUAUGUUGUGAACCACCCUGUGAUCUUUUGAUAAAGGGUGAUUUAAUAAUAAUAAUAAUAAUAAUAAUAUUCUUAAUCUUCAAAGUUAUUAAAAAUUCCCAGUAAGUUUGCAGUAUUCAAAUGUUUUACCAUACAGUGCCUUGAUGUUGGGUAUUUGUUCUUGUAGUAUAGUGGGAAGUUCAUAGGAAUACAGCCUACUUCUUUGCUGGUGUCUUAGUUCUCAGCCUGGCUUUUUGCUUGCCAGGAAUGACACUUUCUACCCACUUUGUCUGUGUUCCAGAGAGCCUCUUUAGUAGAGAGGCCAAAUAUAUUUCUCAUAGCUAUCUCAUAGAAUCAUAGAGUUGUAAUACCAGUACAUUUCUUGUCUAUUACAUUCCCAUUAGGGGAGAUGUGAAUUAGGUUGAUUUGCUUAAGAAUGGUAUUGAUUACGAUUUAAUAAUGGUACAGAUAAUAGCAUAUUUAUCAGUAGCUUGUAUUGAUUGUUUUAUGGUAUAUUUUUGUAAUAUUUGUGUUCAUAAUUUGAUGUACACUACUUAGAGAUUUUAUAUUUCAAGCAAUUUAAAAAUAACCUUAAAUAAAAAUGCUGAGCAAAUGAAAUUCUCCUCUACCCUUACACUUUAGGCACAUUCAGUGUGACAUGUGCAGUAGCAGAGCUUCUGUCACUUCUUCACCCCACCCAACCCUGCACCUACGGACAAGAUCUAAAAAAUGACUUUUUUUUUUAGAGGAAGCAUUAAGUAUAAAUUGUAUGUUCACUAAACAUUAACCUUUUUCGUCCCUGUGUGCCAGUAUUGAUACUUGAGAAAGUGGAAAAUGGAGACCUAAACAACAAGAACUUGAAGAUCACAGAUUUUGGCUUAGCCAGAGAAUGGCAUAGGACGACCAAAAUGAGUGCUGCUGGGACGUAUGCUUGGAUGGCUCCUGAGGUCAUCCGUUCCUCCAUGUUUUCUAAAGGCAGUGAUGUGUGGAGGUAAGUAUAUUGGCACUAAACACAUUGGAAUGUUAACUUGCAGCUCCUGGAAACCUAUUUUAACUUUCUGUGCUUGAAAUUAUGUUUACUUGUUGAACAGAAUUCCUAAACACUUGAUUUACCAAAGCAUCGCUCCCCCCACAUCUUGUUUUGAUACUGUUUUUGUUUCUGUGCUUCUGAUUGCUUUGUUCUAAAUUCUUACACUUUUAUUUAGAUGUACAUUGGCUUAUAUAUUAGUUUUCUGUAUUGAGAAUAGACAAACUACCAACAGGUAUGUUAUGUACUGAAGUUCUCACCCUGGGCCAGCAGGGGGAUACUGUAGAUAGUUAUGCAAAUGAAGGCUCGAAAAGUGACAUUCAGUGAUUGGAUAGUUUUAGAAAAUGGCAACAGUUACAUUGUUCUGGAGCUCUAUAUAAGCAGGCUGACUGAGCUCCUCAGCUUAGUUCUAUUCCAGUUUACAAAUAAAGAGCUGCUUUGGAAGAAUCGCUGUGUCGUCUGAUAUGUUCGCCCACAACUUAACAAGGUACAGGUUCAAGUCAGUUACUUAAACUAGAUGCCCUUCUUUCCAGCAUGAAACUUCCUGACUCAUAAAUUUUCUGUCAAAGAUGAUAAAACUUGGAAUCACCAAAUCGGUAAAAUGCCAAAAUGCCCUUUUUAAAAAACCCGAUGUUCCAGUUUUGUUCCAAGUAUUGUGUUUAUAUUUAUAGUGUAGGUAUUAUAUUUAUAGUCUUAACCUUUUGUCCGUUAUCUUGGCCCUCAUUGCUGGGCAAAGAACUAAAAAUCCCAGUUCUGUUUCUGCCAAAGACUUCAGUGCAUAAAUAGGAUUGGUACAUGGUCAUGGCACAGGUUAUAAGGUGAAGCAGAUACAUAUAAGGUGUAGACAGAAGGCUAUUAGCAAACUAGGAUGUUGAUCCAGCAGUGGCAUGCCCCUAGUAUCUUCCUUUUGAAUAUCGUGGCAGGCACAGUAGCCAUACUCUGGACACUGGGCAGGUAAACAGAUUUGGUCUCUGAGGUGUCUUUGUCAAGGAAGAUGGUGUUGGUGCCAGCUCAGCAUCUGAUUUACUCUCAGUUGCUUCCCUAGAGGGAGGGGAGGCUCCUUCCUCCCUAGACAGAAAGAGGCAGAGGCGUCUGGGCAGGGAUGUUUGAUGUCACAGGGGUGGAACAUUCCUUCACCAACUUGCUUGGAUGUACCCGUCUAUCUUCCAGAAUACAGGCCCUCUACCUAGGUUCAGAUGGGACACAGGUGGCACUGUGGGUUAAACCACAGAGCCUAGGACUUGCUGAUCUGAAGGUCGGCGGUUCGAAUCCCCGCGAUGGGGUGAGCUCCCAUUGCUUGGUCCCUGCUCCUGCCCACCCAACAGUUCAAAAGCACAUCAGAGUGCAAGUAGCUAAAUAGGUACCGCUCCGGCGGGAAGGUAAACGGCGUUUCCGUGUGCUGCUCUGGUUUUCACCAGAAGUGGCUUAGUCAUGCUGGCCACAUGACCCGGAAGCUGUGCGCCGGCUCCCUCGGCCAAUAAAGUGAGAUGAGCACCGCAACCCCAGAGUCGGUCACAGGUCCCUUUACCUUUACCGAGGUUCAGACACUUCCUGGAGUCCCGGUUUCUCCUUCCCCAUUCCCCUAGGACCCUUACCAGUUCAUCCAUCUCCCCAAACCCCUCAGGAUAUGACCAUCCCCUCUGUGACAUCUCCACAGAACUCAUUCAUUACAUCCAUGUGUACUUAAUUGCUGCUGUCACUUCUAGCAGAAUUGGUUGGUUUUAAGAGAGAAUUACAUUAUUAAACUUUUCUUUCCAUAGCUAUGGUGUGUUGCUUUGGGAACUACUAACUGGGGAAGUACCAUUUCGAGGAAUUGAUGGCCUAGCAGUAGCAUAUGGUGUUGCCAUGAAUAAACUUGCCCUUCCUAUCCCUUCAACCUGCCCGGAACCUUUUGCCAGACUGAUGGAAGGUAAGUGUUGACUGCAUUGGACCUGACAAGAUACAUGCUACUAUUGGGACACAGUUCAGUACUGAUUUUAUGAAGAUGCAAAACAAUUUGGCUUCUGUAGUUUUUCAACGAAGUAGGUAGUAUGUUGUUUCCUUUGUCUACUAAAAUACCGGUUUCCAGAAAUGACAGGUGGGCAGAAUGCUGUUGUGCUGUUGUCUGCAGGCUUCCCACAGGCCUUUGGUUGGCCACUGUGAGAAUAGGAUGCUGGAAAAGAUAGACCAUUGGCCUGAUCCAGGAGUCUGUUAUGUUCUUAAGAAAGCUGUUCUUCUACUGUAUGUAUUCUGCUGCAAUAGCAGCUUGCUAUAUGGAUGAAGCUUUUGCACGUGAGAGGGUAGCACCUAGUAAAGAUUGUGCCAGGAUUUGAGUUGCACUUGAUGUAAUCCAUUAUUGACUCCUAAAGGCUGCAUAUAUAAAUCUACAAUUCUCAGUUGGCAAGUUAUACUGUCAUGAAAGCAAUUACAUUUAUACAGCUUUUGAAUUACUAUCUUUGUUCUGAAUUUUGACAUGAGUACAUUUCUCCCCCAACAGUGUCCAGAAAAAUAUUUUGGUAUACUUAAUCUUGGUGUAAAUCUCACUGAACAGUUUAACUUACUUCUGACUAAACAUAAACAGCAUUGCACUGUAAGACUUUUGUCGACUGGCUUGAGGAACCCAAGGUUUCCAGAAGUUCGGGGGGGGGGGGGGAGGGAGAAAAAAAAUGAAGGUGUGGGGGAAACACCCCAAACCAUUCAAUAAAGGCUGAGCAUACUCAGUGGGCACAGAACAUUGAUUUGAUGAGAGCAAGAGAUAGAAAAUUGGAGGUGGUAUGGAGUGUGCUUUAAGAAGUUGUUAGUGGCUGACUGGAGCCCUGAACGGAAGCACUCCACACUGUAAUGUUUUGUUGCCCUUGUUUGUUUUAUUAUACAGUUUAUAUAAUGCAUUGUGUUCACUUUUGAGAACCUAAGAAAAUACUGAACAUUUUAAGUUUAUAGCAAUAGGCCAAUAGUCUUAAUUUUAAAACCAAAAUAAGUUGAGAAUAGAGAUGACAUUAUUUCUUUAAAAACAAAAGGGCUUCUUGUGGUUUCUACUAGAACUGAGGAAUGCAUUGCAGUUAUUUCAAGAUUUUUAAAUAAUAAAACUAGAUGAAGAUCUUGUUUAUAACUUCAGUCCUUUUAUAAAGUGCUGCUCAAACCCAUUAAUUCUCUCACUGUGUAACUUCAGUUUUUAUUUUGUUCUUCCAUUAACUACGCUGGUGGGCUUCACUAAGCUAACAAUACUAAACUUGCCUUCUUGUCUCUAAAGAGGUUUUUGGAUAUCACUGCAGUCCUCAUUAGUGCAAAUACUGUGACAGUUUCAAGCCUGGGGAACUGAAAAGGCACAGGCCACCUGCAUUGUAGUUAUCCUGCUUACUCACUCAUGCAUUUUCUUGGCAGCAGCACUUCGUUUUACAGUAUGCCAUGUUUCCUUUCUUGUCAUAAUCCUGAUGCAAAGAGGCAGGCACAAUACUGCUUCAGGAUACGUCUAUUUUGCUGAUUGCCAGUAACUGGUUAAUAACAGGGGAGAAAAGAAUAGGGAAAAUUUGCAAAAAAGUAGCACCCCCCUUUUCUGUGGCACUUUUGAUCCAAUUAAUAGUGCAAUCCUAACUAUGUCUACUGUUAAUAAGUCCUAUUGAAUUCAAUGUGGCUUAUUCCUAGAUAAGUGGGGUUAUGAUUGCAUCUUUAACCAUUAGGUAAAGGUAAAGGUACCCCUGCCCGUGCGGGCCAGUCGUGUCCGACUCUAGGGUUGUGCGCCCAUCUCACUUAAGAGGCCGGGGGCCAGCGCUGUCCGGAGACACUUCCGGGUCACGUGGCCAGCGUGACGAAGCUGCUCAGGCGAGCCAGCACCAGCGCAGCACACGGAAACGCUGUUUACCUUCCCGCUAGAAAGCGGUCCCUAUUUAUCUACUUGCACUUAAGGGUGCUUUCGAACUGCUAGGUGGGCAGGAGCUGGGACCGAACGACGGGAGCUCACCCCGCCGCGGGGAUUCGAACCGCAGACCAUACGAUCGGCAAGUCCUAGGCACUGAGGUUUUACCCACAGCGCCACCCGCGUCCCUCUUUAACCAUUAUUUUUCUUAAUUAAAGGUUUGUAUAAAUAUUUAUAUCUGAACAUCCAAAAUGAGUCCCUUGAAGUUCCUGAUGCUUUUUAAAUUAUGACACAAUAGUGGAAAACAAAACCCAGUGAAGAAAAACCAAAGAGAAAUGGGGACUUGGUCCAUGGGACCAUCCAAUUUAAAUGGCUCUUAAAUGUAGGUAUGUUUGUGUGGAUCGUUAGUAGUUCUCUGUUCUGCAUUGCAUGACUCUCAAAUAACAACAACCAUGCUGCUUUGUUACACUAUUGAAUAUCUUGAAAUAAAAGUGAAGUGAGCCAAAAGAACCCUGUUGUUGGGAUACUGCCAGGGAGACAAAGGCCAUCAUGCCCCCACGCCGUCUCCGGACGAUCCAUCAACCUCCCGUAGAAACGCAGUAUCAGUCAAUUAGCGACACAAGCCUCAGAAACGUCUGUCCACAUUCCAAGGACUGGUGCACACCCCUUGCAGAGUUCGCACAACGAAAGAUGCACUCAGGAGAGCAUUAUUUACAACUUUAUUCAGCGUUGGUCAGAACAAAGAAAAACAUGACCGCCUGCCUGCGUGUCGAGACACACAGAGAGAAAAACAACAGCUAUAUACAAAAACAGAAACUUCCUGUGAGCAGGAAAUACGUAGGCUGUGACUCACAACAGCCUGUCCCCUUUUAAGGUGGAACGGAAAUAUCCUAACAGUAAUAAUGCAGGGCCUUGUUUCCUUUCUCUCAUCUUGUUUCACUGCACUGUUCAGGGACUAGUUAACAACUGAAGUAGAAAUAAAAACAAGCUAAAUUGUUACUGUCUGAUGACAACUCUGUAACUAAGACUCCAGAAAGCAUUCAUUUUCAUAGUUUUUGCAUAUUCUGUAGGAUAGGUAACAAACUCACAUAACUACUGGGAUUCUGCUUUAACAAGUAUGCUUUCAGAAGUUUUAUAAGCACAACCCUAUGGAAAUCAGUGGGUUUAAUAACAUGGAUGUUUACUAGAAAUCAAGUAAGAUAUUAAGUAAGAAAUCAGCCGUAUUUAAAUCAGGGCGGCCCAACUUUUCAUACCAAGUUGGCCGCAUGAGUACUUUGACAUAGAACCUGUGGACCUCAUACUGCCUUGUUGCACAGGCGAUGGGGGACCAAGGCCAAAAUUUGACCCUGCACAUCCCUUGUACUGCUUUCCUAAAGCUAGCUAAGCAAGGCACAAGACAAGCUGGGAAAGCACUAACUAGACUUUGGGAAGGAGGCGGGAGAACUCUAUGGCCCUGUCAGAGCCCACACAUGUCCUUCCCAGAGCCCAAUGCGUCGCUUACGUGGCUUUGGGAAGGAAGCGCAAGGUCUUCAGGAGUCAAAUGCAUGGGCGUAGGUAAGGGUGGGAGGGUAGGGGGCAGCUGCCCCCCUAAAUCAAUACAAAUCAAUAAAAUCUGAGGUUCUGCCCCCCAAAAGCCUUCCCCCUAACCAAAAUCAUGACUACACUCAUGGGCAAAUCUUGCUGAGGGCAACCAAAAAAAGGCCUCGGGCCAUGCAUUGGACCACCCUGGUUUAGGUAAUUUCAAAUUUGUGUAAGGAAAUGUAUAAAGUCAGAGGUGUGGGAAAGGCCAGUAGUGACAUAUUUGAAUGAAAAGGCAUCAAGAUAGAUCCUUAUUAAAUUCAAAGUACUUUUGUGAAACUUUUUACUGUUAGGAAUGAUGGGGCAAACUAUGGCGAGUAUAUUAUUUACUUUUCUGAAUUAGGCAUUGAGAACCUGUAAGUGAGUAAUUGAUGUAGAAUGGUGUGCAUUAAUUAGCAUUGUUUCUGGAAAGCUUUGUAAUAUGGGGGCAAAGUAGGUGUGAUGUGAGAGAUCUAUGACAAGAAGUUUUGUUUAGAGAUGGUUGUAAUAAUGCUAACGUGCUAGUUUCUAGUGUAGAAUUUAAAUUAUUUGGGAUUCUGUUGUGUAGAAAAAAGUUGGCAAAUGGGGUAUAAUCAUAUGAAUUCAAGAGUGGUAGACCAGAGGGUUAAAGAUAUCAACAACUGAGAGAGUACAGGUUGUUGGCAUGGCCCAGAAAUACUCUUGCAACCUGGCAACUUUUGAAGUAGAUUGUUGUUCUGUCUUGUCUUUAUCUGUUUAGAUUGUUGGAAUGCUGACCCUCAUUCAAGGCCCUCCUUUGCCAAUAUUUUAAACCAUCUAACCAACAUAGAGGAGUCUGGUUUCUUUGAAAUGCCAAAGGACUCAUUCCAUUCCUUGCAAGAAGAUUGGAAAAUUGAGAUCCAGGAGAUGUUUGACCAACUCAGGUCCAAAGAAAAGGUAAAUGGUGCUGGAUAUUGAUUUUAUACUAAUGUUGUUAUUGUAUUUUAUAUUAAGUGAUUUUAUUUAAUCAGAGCUGAUCUUGCAAUGCUGGUAGAAAUAAUGCAUCUUGGGUCAGUGGUUUGCAUGAAUGUAUACUCACAGUCUAAAUUUGUCAAGCAGAAACUGCCAAUAUUCACAUCUUUUGGAAAUGUCCAGUGAAUAUUCAAAUUUGAAAGCAAAUUUUUGUUAAAAUUAAGGAUAUUAUCAAAUAUGAGAUAUUGUGUAACACUAUGUUCUAUUUGGCUACAUGAAAGAUCUAAUUCUACCUGAAGACUGAGCACUUGUCAAAAGAACAUAGGAAGGUUGUAAAAAUGGUGAUUCCUCCAGAUUUCUUCCUCAGUCUGCUGGUAGAAGUGGAAUACUGAAGUAGACAUGCAUAAUCCAGUAGUACUAUAUUUAAAGUCUGAUCAAUAUAAUGACUUUUAUUUUAAAAAAUAAAUUAGACUUAUUAUUCAGAUGAUACGUAUACGCAACUAAACCACUGUCAGAAGCUACAGCACAUUGAUUACCAUUUCUCUGCAGUGCUUGACAGCACAGUGAUGAGGACCUGUGAGUCCAGUUAGGCUCACCAGGCCUCCCCAUUUAUCCCUGGGAAAUUAAACAUGGAGAAGUUAAAGAUGUGGGUGGACCAAGAAGGAGUUUGCAGACACCACCAAUCAGCUGAUCAGUGGCACCUGCAAAGCGUUGUGUAUUGUGUGCUAUGUGUGCCUUUGCAAGUCGCAGCAUUUGACUGUUAAUAAUAAUAAUAAUAAUAAUAAUUUUUAUUUAUACCCUGCCCUCCCUAGCCAAGGCCAGGCUCAGGGCGGCUAACAAGCAAUAAUAAAAACAGGUUGAAUGAAUACAACUUAAAAACAAGAUUAAAAUACAACAUUAAAAUACUGAAACAUUAAAAUGCAGCCUCAUCACAGGAGGAGAAAGGAAAAAGAAAGAGGGGGAGGGAAUCAAAUUGGCUCCAAGCCAAAGGCCAGGCGGAAGAACUCUGUCUUACAGGCCCUGAGAAAAGAAAUCAGAUCCUGCAGGGCCCUGGUCUCAUGAGACAGAGCGUUCCACCAGGCCGGAGCCAGUGUUGAAAAGGCCCUGGUUCUGGUUGAAGCUAAUAUAACUUCCUUAGGGCCUGGGACAACUAGGGUGUUGUUAUUUAUGGACCUUAAGCUCCUCCGUGGGGCAUACCAGGAGAGGCGGUCCCGUAGGUACGAGGGUCCUAGGCCGUGAAGGGCUUUAAAGGUCAAAACCAGCACCUUAAACCUGACCCUGUACUCCACCGGGAGCCAGUGCAGCUGGAAAAGCACUGGGUGAAUACGCUCCCAUGGCAGAGACCCCGUGAAGAGCCUCGCUGCAGCAUUCUGCACCCGCUGGAGUUCCGGGACAGCUUCAAGGGCAGCCCCGCGUAGAGCAAAUUACAGUAGUCAAGCCUGGAGGUGACUGUCGUAUGGAUCACUGUGGCCAGGUCAGGGUGGGAAAGUUAAGGGACCAACUGCUUGAUGCGGCGAAGGUGGAAAAAUGUUGCCUUGGCUGUUGCUGUAACCUGCGCUUCCAUGGAAAGGGAGGCAUCAAGGAUUACACCCAAACUCUUAAUGGAAGGCAAUGGCACUAAUUGGGCCCCCGUAAGAGAAGGGAGUUGGUCCCUCAUCCCCAUGCCAUCCCGACCCAGCCAUAGGACCUCUGUCUUCGAAGGAUUUAGUUUCAGUUGGCUCCCACAAAACCAUCCAGCCACAGCUUCCAAGCAUCUGGUCAGUGUGUCCGGGGCCGAGUCGGUGUGGCCAUCCAUCAGCAGAUAGAGCUGAUGGUGGUUCCUGCAGAGAGCUGUGCACCACACAGCUGAUUAUCGGCUUCAAAGUGCUGUGCACCACACAAGAGGGAAACGGGUCACGUCAUGUCAUGGUGACACCAGGUGGUUGAUAAAUUUGGCCCACGAGGUGGGAGAGUUAAGGAUCCAGCCAGAUGCAUUUCCUCACCUCUGGUGUAAACCUUUUCCAGUGUUUUCAUUCAUAGGCCUUAGAACUAAAGAUUACCAAUCAUAAUUGCUGCCAUUUUUCAGUGGGCAACUGAGAUGAUAUAUGAUACUUCUAAUCUGGAAUAUUGCCUUGUUUCCUUGCAGGAACUGCGGACAUGGGAAGAAGAAUUAACCAGAGCCGCUGUUGAACAAAAGAACCAUGAGGAGUUUCUGCGGCGACGGGAGCAGGAGCUGGCAGAGCGGGAGAUUGACAUAUUGGAAAGGGAACUCAACAUAAUUAUCCACCAACUGUGUCAGGAGAAGCCGCGUGUGAAAAAACGUAUGGGCAAGUUCAGGAAAAACCGGCUCAAGUUGAAAGAUGGCAAUCGCAUCAGUCUCCCUUCUGGUAUGUCCCAGUAUAACAGGGCUAAACAAAGUUCUGUCUUGCACUCAUAUACCGUAUUUUUCCGUCUAUAAGACACCUACAUGUAAAACACCCUCUAUUUUGGGGAAAUAGGGAGGAGAUAUUAUCCAUGUAUAAGAUGAGCCCAGAUUUUGAACAUUAUUUUAGAGUAAAAAAGCAUAGUCUUAUACAUGGAAAAGUACGGUAAUCGUUUGCUGUAGCUUCCUUCUAGACAUGUAUAUAGAAUAUGCUCUGUGUGACCUUGGUGACAGUGGUUGAAAUAUCUAAAAAGGACUACUACAAAUACAUUUUUAGUAUAAGUAUCUGACUGGCAAAGGUCUCAUCACAUGGGGUAUGUGCAAAGUUAACAAACAUUUUUCCACUAAGCCGCCUCUUCCCCAUGCUUUUCGUUGUAACUAUAAUGCAUUUUUAAAAAUUCUUCAUUCUUCACUGUGUACUCUGCAAGAGACCACUAACAUUUUCAUCUUACUUUAUUAUUGUCUUGCAGAUUACCUGAAAAUGCAUUGUGAUUAUUCUACAGGCUGCAGUUUAAUUGCUUGUUUAAUUGUCACCUUCUUGUUUGGGAGCAGGCAGGGUACUGGGCACUGGUUCCUGUGCCUAUUAUAACUGAGUAGAAAACAGCCAUACCUGCCAAAACACUCUUUGCAACUGUUGACAAAGAAAGACAUAUUGAUUAUUACCACCUCUUGGGCUUGUGUGAAAAAAGUGCAUUCACUAAAAAUACAUACAGUGGUGCCUCGCAAGACGAAAUUAAUCCGUUCCGCGAGUCUCUUCGUCUUGCGGUUUUUUCAUCUUGCGAAGCACGGCUAUUAGCGGCUUAGUGGCUAUUAGUGGCUUAGCGGCUAUUAACGGCCAAGCGGCUUUAAGAAAAAGGAAACAAACUCGCAAGAACUCGCAAGACAUUUCGUCUUGCGAAGCAAGCCCAUAGGGAAAUUCGUCUUGCGGAAUGACUCAAAAAACGGAAAACUCUUUCGUCUAGCGAGUUUUUCGUCUUGCGAGGCAUUCGUCUUGCGGGGCACCACUGUACUGGAUCAUUUAGUGAAAAAUGUACAUCUCACUGGGGAUUUAAAUUUAAAUUCAUAUUACAAUGCUGCUAAAAUGCUAUAGCAGAAAGAAGGAAUUCAUUUCCUUAGGUGAUGUCAUAGUGAAGUGACGAAUGAGUAUAUCAGGUCUUGUUUUAUUAACAGAUUUCCAGCACAAGUUCACUGUACAGGCUUCUCCAACGAUGGAUAAAAGGAAAAGUUUGAUCAGUAGCUGCUCCAGCCCUCCUGCCAGCCCUACCAUCAUUCCUAGGCUCAGGGCCAUCCAGUGUAAGUAGUUUGCUAUAAAAUUUGGCCACGUGCCAAUAGAUUAUGGUUUCUGUUUAGGACAGGAUUCCACAAUGCUUCCUGUAUAGCGGGGUGGCCAAUAAUAAUAAUAAUAAUAAUAAUACUUUAUUGGUCUCAACUCAAAAUGACUCAAAAUGGCUAAAAAACAACAGCAAAUUAACAAAAACCCACAUAAGAACAUUAAAAUAAAAUAAAAACCCAUUAGAUUAAUACCUUUUAAAAAAUCAAGAUCAAAAGUGGCAAAUGGCCAUCUUUUCCACAGUAAGGAUACCCGCUCCCCUCUCCUGUAGUCUAUUUUCAUUAUAUGGGCAGUCAGUAUGGUACUGAUCAGUGCUGGGUAAGAACAUAGGGUGAAGAAUAAAAUCUAUGGGCGUCUGAUUAUUUGCUUGCAGUAAUACAAAAUAAUGGCAUAAAUGCAUGCUCAUGUUUUUCUGUCCUAUUGUCCCCCUCCCAGUAACUCCCAGUGAAAGCUGCAAAACAUGGGGGCGCAACUCUGUAUGCCAGAAGGAAGAGGAAGGAGAAGAAGAAGAAAAAAGAGGCCAGAAGAAGAAAGGUCGCACGUGGGGCCCAAGUUCUCUUUGUCAUAAGGAGCUAACAGCAGGCGAGGAUGGGUGAGAAGCGUAAUCUUAGCUGCCACUGUGCCAUAAAGCCUCAGUCCAGCUUCCUUUUUUCUCCACAAACCUGCCAUACUUUAGCUGGUAUAAUUGUUUGCCAAAGCAGUUUACAUUCAUUGCAGUUUACAUUCAUGUUAUUUAUUCCAAUAAUAAAUUAUACAUUUAAUAAAUAGUAAUAUGCCCUUUUAAAAUGUGUUGGGGGGUAUUGGAUUGUUUUUGUUUUUAUUUUGAUUAUGUAUUUUGUGUUUUUAUAUUGUUAUUUUACCUUGUGAAUCGUCCUGAGACCUGCAGGUAUAGGGUGGUAUAUAAAUUUAAUAAAUAAUAAUAUUUAUACUCCACUGCAGAUAGCAAAAAGAGAGAGAAAGAAAAAAGGUUCACAUCACUGCCUACUUGUUAAAAUUAAAACAGAACAUUCUUGAGUGUUAAUACUUGAAACUUUCCCCACUCAAACCUGAAACAAAAAAAGUCCCCUUAAAUACUACAACAAUAUGGUCUCAUGGGGAUCUGUGUGGAGGUUAUUCCACAAAGGUACAACUAUCUCAGAGAAGGUCUUGGCAUUCUUUGCUCUCAAUUUUAACAAUGUAAUCUGAUGGUGUUUGAAGCAUCAUUUCUUUAGUUGAUCAUUAACACACGGGGAGAGGAUUGCCUCCUAUUUUUUUAGAUUAGAGGCAUAAAAAAUACAAAAUCAGCUAUCUCAUCUGCAAGAGAUUCAUGUUCAAAAUCCCAUCUCCUCUUAGCCAGUCUGAUUUCCCAGUAACAUCUCUGCUACUUCAAAGAUUGUUCUGUAAUCUUAGUAUUUCCAUGCUCCCUUGCCCACCCCAUUUAAUCAGAAUUAUGUUUAUUACUCAGUUUCUAGGUAUAGAAAUGCCUUUCUUUCCUGUCCUGUAGUCUGGCACUUAGGUGAAUGCAGACAGAGAGAAUUUGGUUAAAGUCACUGGCGCAAGCUAUAAAUUAUUCUUUCAUUGUCAUAGGGCUGGCCAUCUGGUCAUUUGACCAGCCAAAUAAUGGCAGUUGUCUAUUUGACAGCAAUCAAAUAUUCCAUGAAGCCAAAAACAGUGUGUACAUGGCAGCUUACUUUCAAAACAAGGUUCAACGAAUCUUGGCAUGCUUUGGUAACUAGCCAAAAUUUUCACCAUGACCCUCCUGCUGUCCUUCAGAAGAAAAUAGACAGACUUCUGGCAUUUUCCUGAAAUGAGAAAGGCAGAAGUCGUUUCUGUUAAUUGGCUGGGAGAGAAUUGGGCAUCUAAUUGUCCUGAAAAAAACAACAAAAAACCCAAGCAGAACAUCCAGCUCUUCUUGAGUGCUUUGGACUUUGGCCAUCUUUGCAAUAUCUGUCCUAUUAAUACAGUAGUAUAAUUUUUGAUUUGGACAAACCUAUUUCUCUUAGGAGACAAAGGGGCACACAUUUCAAUUGAGUUUUGUGUUACAUUUCUCAUACUUCGGAUUGCAUUAUGUAAUAAAGUAUACAUGAGUCAAGAUCCUAAAUCUAUUGAUACAAAUGGCUGUUGUGGUAGGUAGGAAUAAUGGAAGAAUCAUAUUGGGUGGAUUCAGCCCUGUUCAACAAACAGAAGGACUCCUUCAGUCUGUGCAGUUGACUUAUAUCUAGUGGAGGCUCCUCGGGCAGUGGAUUCUCCCAAAUUACUGUUUUGUGGUUUAUCAGCCUGUAACGUUUGCAACCAGUUUGUAGGAUUACCUUGAGGAGGGAAGAUGACGGAGGAAUAUUUUAUGAUUCAGACUCAUUUGCUCAGAAUAAAGCAGCCAAACUUCAUCUUUAAGCCUUCUGUUGGCAAAAUUGUGAUUACUACAAGGACCCUCAGGAGCACUGUAUCGCUGCAAAAAGUGACAGCUGUUAAUGUAAUCAGUUCUCUAUAUCUUUUGGGCUAUCCUCCCAAAAGCUGAUCGCAUCCUUCAUAAAUAUGUAAGUGAAAUCUAGAAGAUGCUUAUUGCUGAAUUGGAUACACAGCUGGUAUAUGUGGUCAGAAAAUGGGGGAUGUGGAUGAAACAGGUUCUGCAAGUAAAACUCCCAUCAAAUUUGAGAGAUGGCUCACAUGCUUUCCUUUUGGAUUGUGGGGUUAAGUAGCAGUCACUAGCAGUAGUGUGGAUUAUUCUUUGAGUUUUACUUAAGAACAGGAUUUUUCAAGUUUCAGGCUAGUCGGUCUUUCCAACCAAGAAUUACUUGGUUUCUUAUGACAGGCAUCAAAACCAAAGUCUCUCCACAUAACCAUGUCAAGUGUUCUAUAAUUACAUUUUAGACGUUCAGAUUUUUCAGUGCAAUAGUGCAGUAUUCCUUCUUCAUGUAAUGUAGGGUUGACAUAUUUUAAAAAGAGAAAAUCCGGACACAAAAGUUGUUGAGUCCCCCCCCCCCAAAAAAAAACAGUUUUACUGCUAUUUAAGGAAAUUCACCAAAAUCAACACUUCCGAAAUGACUUGUCAUACGUCUGGAUUUUCCGGACAUUUCAGCAUUUUCUGCCCAGACACUGUUUCCGACAGCCAAAUCCUGGCUAUGUUUGGGAAAUUCUAGACGUAUGUCAAUCCUAAUGUAAACAGAGGGAGGGGUCUUUAGACAAUAAAGUCUUCAAAGAUUUUUGGGCUAUGCUCCCUAAAUAAGAAAUAAUGAACACUCACAGCACAAAAAAUGGAUUUUAUGGGUUCUUUAAACCUGGGGAGAGCUGUGAUAGUUCAGAAGUCCUGCUAUCAAUGGUCUGAAAGGAGCAUCUCUUUGAAAGAAGUAGAGCAGACCAACAACAUGCUAUUCUGUCUGGGGAAGAAGCACUAUGGUGCUGGAAGACCAUGUGGGAAGGUGAUGCGCAGGCAGGGAGAGAUUCCUUUAAAGAGUGCAGCAAUGAUGGAAUUGGCAGGAAGGGCACUGUUGCCACAUAUUCGCUUGCCAGAAAUCCAGGUGGGCAGUGAAUCGGGCAGAAAUUUAUUUUUAUAUACUUUGGAAUUGAUACUUGACCCCACUGCUCAAAUAGGCCCUCAUUUUCAGUAUGUCUCAGAGUAAGUCCUAUUCCAGGGCACUAUGUACAAUCUACUUUAUUGUAAAUUAAUUGCUGUGCUAUGUAGGGAAGAGACUGAAUUGUUUUUAGCACCCUCUAGUGACCACCUUGGUUUUUUUACAACCCAGGAAAAUAGAAUACUUUUUCCAGAAUAAGAAAAAACAAAUUUUUUUUAACUCACAGGUUUUGUUCCUCAGCUAAGGCUUGCCAAAGAAUUGUCGUCCUCUGUUUUCAUUUAUGAAGGAAGCAAUAUUUGCUCUGCCAUGCUACAAAGGACAACCCAGAAUAUUGUGUAACUCUCAAGACCAAGAUGAAGGCUACACUUUGUCUCUAUAUAUGAGAGGGGUUUUUGCCUGUAGUAGGCAAAACCAAGAAAUGCAACGUAAACCUUCUAACUGAGUGGAGGAUAAGAAUACAACCUUCUCCCAAAUUACAUACUUUACCUUGGCUCUUCUUAUUUUUGAAGUGAGCAUGCUAACUUCACUUUUGUAUGUGUCGCCUGCUUAGUGAUGUUUAUCUAGGUACUUAAAUUGGGGUCCUCCUUAUAUAAUGCUCUGAAUGUAAGGCUUAUGUUGCAGUUCAAAUGCUGAACAUACACAGAUUUAGCCCUAUGAACUGCCUAGAUAAGAAACCAGCUGUGAAUCAUAUCAAAGGUUUUCUGAGCUGUUCAGAGAAAAAGCAGAGUAUAAAUGAGAUGAUAAAUAACAUUGCAAGUAUCCUUUUCCUAUAAUUUUAUAUCUCUAAGGAUGAAUGAAACAUAGAAGAGAAUAGUGCACUUGCAAAGGCAAAUUCAUAAAAUAUAAUUUUUAUUGCAAAUAUGCAAUACAUGAACUUCUUCUGUUGGGUUGAUUCCUUCAGUGAUAGGUUGGUCUGCAAAGAAAAUAAGAUUUUGAGUAUAUGGUUAUAAAUAAAACUGGCAUAAAUUCACUGGAAUUUUCUGGGCUUAUCUCACAGGCUCAUUGUGAGAGUACAAUAUGCUAAAGCAGAGCUUUCUGAACUUUUCAUGUUGGUGACACACUUUUUAGACAUGCAUCUUUUUGUGACACAGUAAUUCAGUUUUACUAGCAAACCAGAGGUUAAACUAACCCCUUUCCAGCCCUGGGAGGAGCGUGGGGAGCAUUCGCACCACACACCUACACACUGCAGCCAACACACUAAUGUGUUGCAACACACAGUUUGGAAAGCUGUGGGCUAAAAGGCAUGUUCUAACCUGACCCUAGGCCUUACUGGUGUGAUGGAAAAUGCAUCAAAGGGUAACCAUAUACUCGGGGGGGGGGGGGUAAGGUUACCCUGGUAACCUUAAGACUGGACUGCCUCCAUACAUUUUAAACAAGCUUUUAUAGGCUUGACUUCACUUGGUAUAGAAUAUGAUUGUUAAGUUUCUAACUAGGAUCUGCUAGAAGAGCUGGCAAGAUAUGCUGUAUAAACAGUUGAUUGAUGGUCUGUUCCCAGGCACAUUUCAAAGCGCUGAUGGUUAUACGCAAAGCCCUAAAUGACUUGAGGCUUGGCUCUCGGAAGUCCCCCUCAAGAGUCCCACUACCAUCUGCAGUUAGGAGGGUGGUGACAAAAUGCUACAUUUUGGAAAGAUGCUAGAAAAGUUAGUGUGAUGUAUGCUGUGUCUUUUUGAGUCCAGGCAAUUUUUUUUUUAACAUCCACAUAUUCUUGCAUGCAUAAUAAUUAUCUUUGUUUUAUAUGGGUUAUUGAUUGUGAUGCUGCUGUUUUUCUGUAUUUUUAUAUAUCACUGAAUUUGUUUUUUUUAACUAUAUGUCACCAUGGGAGCUUAUUUUUCUAAAUAAACUAAUAUUUGUGCUAGAUUAGAAUAGUUAAGAAUGAGGAGAUAAAUAUUGGUCAUAAAAACAGACAGAGGAAAUAAAGUAUCUGCAUUUAAAUGUGUCUUCUCUUCUCUUUACUUUAGUCUAAAGUGUUUGGAUGGAUCCAAACAGUGGUCAUCUAGUGCGCCAAAUCUAGGAAAAGUUCAGAGAACACCAGUCAUUUUCCCAGGAUUUACAAGCCUAACAGAGAUGGGUAAGUACCUGUUAAAUGAAUUUCUUAAAUGCACUGUAUUCAGUCUCAUGUUUGUUUCUGUCCACCAACACUUACCUCUUACAAAAAAGCAAACCUCAGAAUCUGCUUCUGUAGUCUUAAAUUUCAAGACUUGCACCUAUUUUUUUAAAAAAGAUGUACAGUAUCAUGAAAGUUUUGUUCACACCAUUGGCCUGGUUGGGACCAAAUGCAAUUCCGCUUCUCCCCUCCCAGAUUUAUCAGGUCACUUCAGAAACUGGGAACACUCAGAUAAAGAUGUCCAACAAUUAUCUUAAUGCAUAGUCAAGUACAUGUGGGGAAAGGCUACCUGAGUCCAAAGCCAUUUAUGGCUUUUAAGUACAUGGUUAUUUAAAACAAUAAGAAACUAUACAGUAAGCCACAUAGUCAGCACAACACACUAUUAAAAUAGUGAUUAAAUGGCAAAAUAAAAACUUAAAUUCCAGUGUUAUAAAAUGUGAUUUCUCAAACAGUUCCCUGGGUAGAUUUGUGUGCUGUCAUUCACCUUCAGGUGUUUUCUCCUUGAUAUAUAUGAUCCAUUGAAGUGGUGGACUAUUUUGAGAGAAGUUGCUAUGUGUGUGUGUGUACACAAACCAUGCAUGAUUUUUAUAUUGGAGGGUUCCUUUUUCCUCCCUCUGUUCUGUUUGCGUUGCUUCAGCGGCUAGGCUGAAGGGAGCUGUCCUUAGAAACAUGUGUGGCUGCUUUGAGCAACAAGUGGCUCAUUUCUGUUUUAGCUGUGCAUUAUUUCAAAUCUCAACUCCUUUUAGUGAGGAUCAUCUGAACUUAUAUUGCUUUUAUAUUGAAAUUGGAAUCCAAUAAACUGUAUGUGGCAUGUACAUUUGACAGCUGCCAUCAUUUGAAAGGGGUGAAGUUUCCAUAUUCUUUGUUCAAAAUGCAAACAUGUUUUUCCAUGGUAGCAGUGUGUUUCUAUUUUUACACACAAGAUGAAGCAUAACCCAUUCUUAUUCAUAGUUAAAAUGUCAAGGCCCCACUCUUUUGCAGAGAAUGAAGACAGUGAUUCUUUGAAAAACGGAGAGACCAAGAUGCAGCAAUCACCUGGGUCUAACCAAUCAUACCUCUGCAUCCCAUUUCAGAGAAGUGAGGACUGGGAUGGCCAGUCCAGUGAUGCCAAUGAGGAAACCACUCCUAUGAACUCUACCACAAGCACCCCUCAGCUCACCCCCACUAACAGCCUGAAACGUGGAGGUGCCCAGCACAAACGAUGCGAGCUUGCCUUUCUGGGCUGUGGGGCUGUCUUAGCUGCUGCUGGCCUGGGCUUUGAUCUUUUGGAGGCUGGCAAGUGCCAGCUGCUAAGCCAGGAUGAGCUGGAUGCCCCCAAGGAAGAGAAGAAGAAACGUGAUAGUAUUUUCCAGCGGGCUGGACGUUCCCGUCGGAGCACCAGCCCACCUUCAAGGAAGCUCUUCAAAAAAGAGGAGCCCACAUUGUUGCUGGGCGAGCCAUCCAACUCCCUGACCCUUCUCUCUUUGUCUUCCAUUUCUGAAUGUAACUCAACCCGUUCCCUGUUACGCUCAGACAGUGAUGAGAUUGUGGUCUAUGAGAUGCCAGUCAGCCCCGUGACAGUGAAGGCUCCCUUGCCAGUAGUUAGUAACCCACUAGUUAAUAUCUGUGUUGAAAGGUUCAAGCGAGAUCCCAACCAGUCCUUGACUCCCACACAUAUGACUCUCUCUUCUGAAGCCCGGCAAAGGGGGCACAGACGGACUCCCUCUGAUGGUGCCAUAAAUGUGACUGGUCCGCUUGCCAAUGGAUCCCCUUCCAGGAAUUCUUCUGCAGCAGCAUUAGGAUCAGGUACGUUAUUCUUUUCCAUCCUUGUACUCCAGAAAGUGAAUGCUCUUGCCAUUGCACUUCCUGCAGAUGUUGCCUCUGAGGUAAGAUUGAAAGAAGGCAAUAGCUGAAGGAAACGAGAGGCACUAUGUAUAAUUUUUACUUCUGCACUUUGAGGAUCUCAAACCCUCAGUGAGUUAGGGAAUUCCCCUGCAUGCGAAUACAGGCUCUGUGGAAUGAGCGGAUGAGACCAGUAGUGGAUUUGGCAGUCAAGAGGGCGGUUUCUGCACAUGAUGUAGAGGGAAGUGAGGGGUAGGUGGGGCUCAUCAACCUGGGUAAGUAGCCAAUCUAGGAGAAGGAAAACUCUGAUCCUGAAUCUCUGCAGCCUUGUUCCUUAGCCACAAGACUAAUGCGUAAACCCUACACAAAUCUGUAGUGGAGUCCCUAAGAUGGUUGGAAAGUGCCUUGUAUGCCUACUUCUGGCAACUCCUGCAGCCAAGCUGGUGCCAAAUGUAUUGUUCUGCUUUCCUUUGGACCACCUCAGGGAGGCAGGGAGUGGGGUCUUGUCAUCUGGGCAGCCCAGGACCUCCAAACACACUGCCCAGGCUUGCACUCUGGGGAGGUCACUUUGGUGCUGCUAACACAGUGGUUUGACUUCACCCCCAGAGGCGCAGUCCAUUGUCUUUCAAGACAGACAGAUGCUUACAACAACAGAGGAUGGAGGUGUCCUCCAUGUAUGGGUAGGGUGGACAGUAGAGAAGAAUCCCCCAAACACUGGAGUAAUGAAGGCUGCUUUUGUGUGGUCUUCAGUCAUCUUUCCUCAUACUUUGCAGCCUUCUGUGUGGCUGCUAGUUCCAGCUUCCCCUCCUCCUCUAUUUCCCUUAAUAUGGUUUCCCUCCUUAAACACAUUUUUCCCACGCCACACAAAUUGCACGUAUCCAGGUUCUCCUCGAGUGUUUUCUUCCUCUCAAGAAUUCUUGCCACCCUAAUGAUUGCUUCCUUCUCUUCCUCAAACCCAGUUCCUCUCCCAUUUAAAAAAUGUCUUUAAUUAACCCUAUCUGGUGCAUGUAAUAACAUCAGAUUUGGCAUUGGAAGUGAUUCAGAGUCUCUCACCAUAAUUGUUUGAAUGUGCUUAAAUUUCAUGCCAGUAGGAAUUUCUGCUUCUUGAUUUAUUGUCUUAUUGGUAAAUGACAAGUCACUGAACAUCCCCUCUGCCGUAUUUCAAAAGAAAUACUACUUUGGGUAGAACAGCACUGCUGCAACAUAAAAUCCUAAUCUAUUCCCUUUACUAACAGUGUAAUAGACAUUCAAUGAGGGAUUUAUUUUCAACACAGGCUUGGACUAUGAAAGCAAAAGAAUCCAAUAUAGGCAUUUAUUUCCUAAACUGAAUAUUAGCUAUUGUCAUAAGAAACCUUUUAGACACAGGGUCUGGUAGAUUAUAAAAUAUAAUUUCUAAAGCAAAGUAAAUACUCUUACAUUGUUGAGAAAGCCUGUAGCCAUAUAAAUUAUAUUGCAUCAGUUCCUUCCCUUCUCUGUGCCUGAUUUCUUUGUUUAGCAUUCAUAUACUAAUCUGGUUUGGAUUUGGCAGCUUACAGUAUAAAAUUAAUACAAUAAAUCACAGUAAGAAUGGCAAAAUAAAAUUACAUUUCUUGUCUCAUAAGAUUACUUUUUGAUUCCAGUUGCCAUUCAUAACUAGCAGCUUAAGCAUGAAACUUCAGUAACACUCCUAAGAAUAACUUGAAUGUGACUCUAGUUUGAAGUUAGUUUGGUCUAGAUGUGUUAACUGUAAUAGGAGUGCUUUGUUCCCUAUUUUAAUGGGGGGAAAUUGAACAUUCCUUUUACUUCAAACAGUGAAUGGUAGUGUUGGUUAAAGGUGUAACUACAGUUACAGUUUAAGGGAAACUCGCCUUUUCUUCCACCUUUUAGGCUUUGCAAUACAAAGAUUCAUUUGAAUUCUAUAAAUUAACUGAUAAAUUUGAUUGAAAUCCAGACAGUCAAGGAAAUAAAUCUUUAAUCAGUUAACAUUAACUUGUCAUCUCUUGGGAUUAACCAUUCCUACCACUUCAUUCUGCCUUAACAUUCUGUUUCAGUGCUGUACAGUUCCAACUAUAAUAAGCAAACUGAAGUGGGUGCAAGAUAUCUGGUAGAGUGUGACUGUUUUGGGUACACUGACCCAGCCACUUGCACAACCCCCUCUAGGAAGAAUUGUGAAAUUUCCUCAGCAAGUAGAAACGGCAGCUCCCCAAUACCAUCCUUUAAAAAUGGGAUCUAUUCCAAGCUGUGUCUUUUCCUUCUCCAUUUGCCUUUUUUGAAUUGCAAAAUUGGUUCUAAAAUGGGAGCUUCUGGGCACAAGUUAACACUUCCUAAUUAUAAAACCUAUACUCUCCCCUGAAAAUAUGUAUGUAUUACCUAGAGACAGCAAUGGUUAUGGGGAGAAACUUUAGAACCUUCAUUGGUUUUCUCUGGCCCUGGGAUAUGUUUGCCAGUGGUAGACACAGCUACCUAAGAGCUGUGAACACUUGGUAAAUAAAAUGUAACUGUAACAUUUCUGUAGUAAAGAAGCAAAUUAGCUUCAUAAGAUUCAUGUUUCACUAUGAGCAUCCAACAUUUUCAAUGUUAAGUAUGCUGUCCUCUUCCCUGUCUAUGGCUGCAUCCAUACUGCUGGUUGCACUUUGGCACUAAGAUGCUGGUGUGGGAAGAAAAAUCAAGGAAAAAGGAGGUACAGAGAUGCAUAUUGUGCGUUCACACAACAAUCCUUAGACAGUUACAUAACUGGACUCUGUCAGCCUUGCUGCCUUGCUACAUCUACCAUUUUAGCUUGCAGGGAUCAGCAUGAAGAUCAUUGCAGCUCCCAUGUGGUUUGCAUGCAUCAGGUGAACUGAAUCAAUCCUUUGUCUGACAUCACCCUUUGUUUACUUAAUGAGCCCGGUGUCUCUCUUCAUCAGUGUUGUCUAACCAGUUGGUUUCUCUUUCUUCUCUCCCUUCCUCCCCCUUCCUUUCUUGUGUUCAUUGUGUUUUUCCCUCUUUUCCUCCUUCUGGUGGGGGAAUAGGUGUAUUAAAAACUCCCAGUCCAAGUCAGGGUCCAAAUGAAGUCCCUCGACUGCCAGACCCCAACCUCAUCUUUCCUCCAACCCCCAGGCGCCAUAAUGCUCAGCAAGACUCCAUGCUGGAGAGACCCAAGACCUUGGAAUUCCUACCUAGGCCACGCCCUUCAGCUAACAGGCAGCGGGUUGACCCCUGGUGGUUUGCAUCCCCCAGUAAUGCUAGGGGCGAGUCCUCUGCUAAUAGCUCCAGUACUGAAACUCCCAGUAACCUGGACUCCUGCUUUGCCAGCAGUAGCAGCACUGUUGAAGAGAGGCCUGCACUGCUUUCUUUCCGUGUCAGAUUGCCUGAAGAGGAGCGGACACUGUUGGACAUGGAUGUUGAAGGGCAGAGCCAGGACAGCACCGUGCCGCUAUGCAGAACUGAACUGAGAACACGCAAACCUGCAGCAUAUGAACUCAAGCAAGAGUUCUGGUCCUAACAUGAAAUCCACAAGGGAUUGGUAAGCUCCUUUAGAUUCAGUUCUACUUCUUGCACUAAGAAUGCACUUUGAAGACAGGUGAAGUAGAGAGAUGCUGCUGAGGUCAUAUCACGGUGCUGUUUCCACUAACCGAUAUGGUAUUGGGGUACCUGGCCUUUUGUAAGUACAUGUACUAAGCUACACAGAGCUGCUGACUCUUCUUGUGGGGUUUCCUGUGGUCUUCCUUGUAUUUUCAUUACAGUGUUAAACUGCAACAAGUAAUGUGGGCAAGUAAGCCUCCAUUCUUGACCGUCAAGAACUCAGAUACCCUCUGUUGGUAUGGGUUUUGUAAUAACCUCAACUCCUACCUUUUAAAUGCAAUGAUAAGCAGUGUUUGUCUACACUGUUACAAUGCAGGAAUAUAUAUAAAGGUUUAAGUGUGUCUGAACCAGCAUUCUUGUUGCAUUUGAUUGAGCUUUUCUCCCUUGAUGUCCCAGAACAAAUGUUCACUCAUUUUUGGUAUGCAUACAGUUCCUCCUCCUAGAACUGGCUGCUGGGGGGGGGGGGCGUUCAGGAUCUUGCCAAUGAUCCAUAGCACCCACCUCUAUACUUUUUAUGCAUCAUGCUGAAAAAAGGCGGAGCCACCUGUUUCUUAGUUUCUGAAAGUAAAUGUUAAAUAAAAAAGGGAUGUCUCAGGUUGCAGUGGUGCAAAAGGAUUGGGGCAACGGGGUGUAGCUCUGAUAGUGGAGAAAUAGAGGUGGGACUCUGAGAUUUUGGCUCGGACCCAUCAUACAUGAGCAUGAAGUUUAAUGAGACACAACCAGGAAGUGGUGAAACACAAUGAUUAAUCUUGUAAUUUGAUAUGAAACAUUGCAUUCUUUCACAAAUUUUGGUAGUACAUUGCAUGAAAAACUGCCAGUCAGCUUAUGCCCUUUCCCCCCUCAAUCUUACUUCAUUUAGGUAAGUAAUUUCCAGAUUUAAUAAUCAAUUUGUCUCCCCAUUAUUGAGCUGACAAAUAGCCCACCCCCAAUACCAUGUACAUGGCUAUUCCAAAAAGAAAAAUCACAGUGAGCAUUAUAGAGAUUCUGGUGGAGAGAAACAGCUUGCACACUUGACCUUAAUGACAAGACUUGGGGAUACUUGGAAAGCAAAUCGAAGUCUCCAGGUCUCAGCAGGAACUGAAGAGCACAUGCAAUCCCACUGGUCUAGUAUCAAAUAGUGCUCAGAGCAUAACAGAGCUUAUUACCCCACCCUCUGCAAUCUCCUCCCCCACCAUCUCAGAUUUCAGGAGGACUACAUUAUGCCCCCAAAGUUCAGCAUUUUGUCAUGUAAGGCCCCUUCCAGGACCUUUGGUGUGCAUGAAUUUUGGCAAGCUACUGAGGCUAGCCAAAAUCCCUGGAGCCCUGCUGCUAUCACACUCUUUUAUGACUAGAUCUAUUUCUCCCAUCUGGUUUUAAAUUAUUGUUGCCAUAUUAAAAUAAAGACCUAUCUGAAGUUUGGAAAAAGGUGUUUAAAACCUCUCUCAUGUAAGUUUCCUUUUUUAUUCCUAGGCUGUAAUCCCUUUUGCCUAUGUUCCUGACAUGUCAUGAAUUGUAUCUAUAGCAGUUUACUACUUAUCUCUGUUGAAAAAGUGGGUAUAGAUCAUUACUAGGAAUCAAAAGUGGUCACUCUUAAGGGGUUUUGUGUAAACUUGUAGAAAUAUUGUUGUCUAGCAUCUAAAUAAUAAAAAUCUGAAAAUCUGUGCUAGUUCAGGUUUAAUUUUGGUUCUGCCACCAGCUUGCUGUAUGACAUUGGGCAAAUCACUUUUGCCAUAUGUGCCUCAGUUUCUCCAUCUGUACCAAGAGCUACCUCAUGCAGCAGAAGUGUAGUCUUAUUGUGCAAGUUGAACCAUAGAAUCAUAGAAUCAUAGAGUUGGAAGAGACCACAAGGGCCAUCGAGUCCAACCCCCUGCCAAGCAGGAAACACCAUCAGAG